UUUCGUGCAACAGCAGCAGCAGCAGCCACCAACACAGCGAGGAGGAGAGACAAAAAGCCCUGUUCAUGAGUUAAACCUCAGUGUGUUUGUUGACAAAUUUCUCGGUUGUAGGGCUGUUGUUUAGCAGUCAGUAUGGCGGUAGUCAUCAGGCUGCAGGGUCUGCCCAUAGUGGCCGGCACCAUGGACAUCAGACACUUCUUCUCUGGCCUAACCAUCCCUGACGGGGGAGUGCACAUCGUGGGGGGUGAGCAUGGCGAAGCUUUCAUUGUCUUCGCCACCGACGAAGACGCUCGGAUGGGGAUGAUGCGUACAGGGGGGGCCAUCAAGGGCUCCAAAGUCUCACUGUUGCUUAGCAGCAAGACAGAGAUGCAGAACAUGAUUGAACUCAGCCGCCGCCGGUUUGAGGCUGGGGCGGGCGCGGUGGAGACAGCUACCCCUGCAGGAGGAAAUGUUAAUCGACAAGCAGGAAAUGCCCCGAUACCCACAGUGCAGCAAGGGGGAGGAGGGAGAAGCAGUGGCCAUGGAAGCCAUGGAAGUCAUGGAAGCCAUGGAAGCCAUGUAAGUCAUGGAAGCCAUGGAAACCAAGGUUUUGUUAAUGCCCCAGUCUCAGUGACCCAAGCAAGCUCAUCUCAGGAGCCAAGCAACAAGGCAGUGGUCAAUGUCAUGCCCAGUUUCCCCAACAGUUACAGCUCUGCCCCGUCAAUCACCACAGCUCUCGCAUCACUCAAUGCAGGCCCCCCACCCAUUCCUCCACUUCCCAGCAUGCCUUCCAUGCCCCCGAUGCCCACGCUGCCCUCCAUUCCAGUUCCUCUCCCAGUGUCCACCCUUCCCCCCUUACCUACAGUCUCUCCCCUGUCCCAAGGACUUUCAGUGUCUCAUAUGUCCCACCUCUCCCACAUGUCCUCCAUGCCUCCCUUCAACCCCUCCCUCCCUCCCCCAGGAGGAAUGGGUUCAGGCCUCCCUCUUGGAAACCCCAACCCCAUGCUGUUCAACCCUCUCUCCCCUCUCUCCUCUCUGGGCCUUCAGGCUCAUAUGAAGGCCGCUGCUGCUGCAGCUGCCGGAGUUGGAAUGGCCCAUCCUGAUGAGUUGUUUAUCCUCCUGCAGAACCUUCCUUUCACCUGCUCAGAGAUGGAGGUCAUGGAUUUUUUUCGGGGUCUGGGGGUGGAAGGGGCUCGCCUACUGAGGGACCUGCAGGGUCGGCCAACUGGCAGGGCUAUGGUCAAGUUUUUCUCGCCCCAGGACAGCUUUGAAGCUGUGAAGAGGGGAGGUGGCAUGAUGGGCCAAAGGUUCAUUGAGAUCACACCAGGCUCUGAGCGACAGUGGGCCAGCCUCAAUGACGGCAUGAUAAUUCAUGCUCCUCACAAUAGUGGCAAAACAAAUAACAUCGAGUCACAGGAGCAGCAUCAUCGCCGUGCUAAUGCCAUGGCAGGAGGCCGGGAACAGCGAGGAAGGUCACGAUCUCCACACAGGCAGGAAUUCUGUGUCUACCUGAAGGGCCUGCCCUAUGAAGCUGACAAGAAACAGAUAAAGGAGUUCUUUGGUAAUCUGUCCAUCAUGGAGGACAGCGUCUACAUUGCAUAUGGGCCAAACGGACGAGCCACAGGAGAGGGAUUCCUCGAGUUCAGAGUAGAACAGGACUACAAGACUGCUCUGGGUGCUCACAUGCAGUAUAUGGGCACCCGCUUUAUCCAGGUCCACCCAAUCAGCCGCAAGGGAAUGCUUGAAAAAAUAGACUCCAUUCGCAAACGUGAAUCAUCACAGGGUGAUGGCAAGAACCAGGAUGGCUUGAAAGUUCCCAGAAACUGUGCCCAUAUUACUAACAUCCCUUACAAUGUCUCCAAGAAGGAUGUCCGUGCCUUUCUGGAGGGUGUUGGGCUUUAUGAGGACACCCUUAAGGUUCUGACAGAUGUCCAUGGUAACGGUUUAGGGCAAGCUAUCUUUCAGCUGCGGACCGAGGAAGACGCCCGGAAGGGUGAAAGACUUCACCGCCAAAAACUCAAUGGCCGCGAUGCCUUUGUCCACCUAGUGACAUUUGAUCAGAUGAAAGAAAUUGAGAGAAAUCCUCCUCCUCAGAACAAGAGGGGCCAACGCAACCAGAACCAGCAAAACCAGAACCAGCACCAGCCAGCACAGCCCAGUCCCCAGCAACCUCAGAUCAACCCAUUUGCGGGGAUUAGUGGAGAGGAAUUUAACUUUCUCCGAAACACCAUGGGAAACCUCAAUAAUGCCCCCUUUGUGACUCCAUUCUCAGCCCCAGGAAAUGGACUCGCAGGCCCUCCUCCUCUCCCUCCUCUGGCAGCAGGACUGGGGGAAGUGAAUCUGGGCUUGGCUCCUCCACUAGUUGCCGGUCUCCCUGGGGCUCCAAUCCUGGAGCCACCGGGCUUUCGACCCGGAGCAGCAGGAGGUGCUCCUUUCAGCCAGGAUGGGCUGAGAGGGUUGGUGCCCUUUGACAAUGCAAACAGAAAAGGAAACGGAGGAGGACAGCCAAGAGGGGGAGGGGCUAACAACAACCAAGGCCGUCCAGGAGGAGGAGCUACUGGUGGUCAGCAGGUGUUUACUCCAGGAACGGAAGGACUCCGUAACCAGCCAGCCCCAGGAGGAUCUAACAAUCCCAACAGUCAACGUGGUGCUCCUGGCCCGACCAUUGUAAAGCUUCAGAACAUGCCGUUCACUGUCACCGUGGACGAGAUCAUGGACUUCUUCUAUGGCUACCAGGUGCUGCCAGGCUCUGUCUGCCUGCAGUUCAGUGAGAAAGGCCUGCCAACAGGCGAGGCCAUGGUGGCAUUCCAAAUCCAUGAGGAGGCCGCUGCCGCUGUUUUGGACCUCAAUGACCGACCAAUUGGAGCACGCAAAGUCAAGAUAAGCCUGGGUUAAAGCCUGCUUAAAACAGACAAUGCAACAUGGUACACCUACCUGGAUCAGCACUACAGGUGAAACAAAGCCAACAAAAACCAUGCAGGAUUAUGGCAUCCAACUCAACUACAGCUCAGUUUAGACCUGGCCCUGAAGGUGUUAAUCCCCCCCCCCCCCUGUGUGUAGAUAAUGACAGCUAAGAUCCCCCUGCGAGUGGGAAGACUGAUCCAGACUUUGCUCUUUUCUGCAUCUCGUCCUCUGACUCUUGUAGCACAAAUGAUGACGAUGAUGUUGGCAGGAUUUUGGUCCUUUCUUACCGUGGUCCCAGUGCAGUCAUGUCCAGAGUCGACACACUGAACAUAUUCACCAGUUCUGUUGUUACGGUAACAUGAUCAUAAUGAGGUGCAAAUGUUUGUUUGUUGCUGUAUGCGCUUAAAAUGUGCUGCCGUGGUUCAAAAUGUAAAUGCUCUUUUUCUAUAUCUUAACAUGUUUGUUGCUGUUGUAAAAUGGUGAUGAAAAGCCACAGUUUGAGGCUAUGAUAGAAUGUGUAUGCUCUGUUGAUAUGGUCAAAUGUGUUGCCAUGGUAUUAUCUUCACAAAGCUCUGUUGCUACCUUAAAAUCUUCACACACUGUUGCUAUGGUAACUUCUUCACAAGCUCUGUUGGUAUGGUAAACCAUGCUGUAGAUGAAAGGUUUUACUACCACAGUGUGUGGUUCUGUUGCUAUGAUAAAAUCUUCACACACUGUUGCUAUGGUCAAUUCUUCACAUGCUCUGUUGCUAUGGUAAACCAUGCUGUAGAUGAAAAGCCUUACUGCCACAGUGUGGUUCUGUUGCUAUGAUAGAAUCUUCGCAUGCUCUGUUGCUAUGAUAAAACCUUCACAUGUUCUGUUGCUAUGAUACAAUAUUCACAUGCUCUGUUGCUAUGGUAAACCAUGCUGUAGAUAAAACGCUGUCUCUGUUGCUAUGAUAACACCUUCACAUGCUCUGUUGCUGUCGUAAAAUUCUGAUUAAAUGCUCUGUUGCCGCGGUCAAAUGUUGCUCUUGAUGAAAUGUUGACAUGCCCCGUCGCUUUGGUACAAAAGUAUACCAAGAUCAAUUCUGUUGCUUUUGGUGAAAUGUUGACACAAUUCUGACUUGCGACACUGCUCUGUUGUUCUAUGGAGGAUGUGGGACAGAUUGCUGACAUGUUUUGUUUUGUAAAUAAGUACUUUUUUGGCCGCUGAAUCUUAAUUUCUCUGUCCCGUUUUCCUGAUGUUGCUGUGUUUUGAACAAUGACACCUUCUCACCUUCCCCUCCUGCAGUUUGGACUGUUGAGCGCUGAGAUGAACUCUGUAGAGAUUGUUUUUAGUUUGGUAGUUUUUUGUUGUAUGUAUGUUUUGGAUGUUGCCACCUUUAAAGCUCAUUUUUGUUUCUAUUGUCAGAGUGAACUAAGUUGUAUGAUCGUAUAACCAUACAUGAUGUGGAGUCUCCUUUGCUUUGGCUAAUAAAAGGACAUUCCUGAUACACUCUG